AGUGGAGGAACUACUCAGGCAAAAGUAUAAGGGAUGACAACCCCAUUAGAACCCAGGCUGGACUGUUUCUCAAUAACACGAAGGGUGAACAGCUCAAGAAGCUUCAGGACUCCAUGAACAUGUUAAGAAACACAUCACCAAAAGAUAACAGUCUCCAUUAA